AUGGACCCUACACCCGAAGCACUCGCAGCACACUCCUUCGAGUAUGAUGCCUCGGCUCUGGACAAGCCUCUAGCCGGGUUUCUUCAACGUUUCUACACCUUCUCCGAUGACAGAGAGAACGCGGAUGCUUGGGCCGCAUGCUUUUCUGAAGAUGGCAUCAUGAAAAAGGCCGCAACCAAUGUUCAAGGUCGCAUCAAGAUAUCCGAGGUGAAUCAAAACUCUUGGAAGGGCCAAUCAUCAAGAAAGCACACAGUGUUCAAGGUCUUCCCUUUCAGUCCUGGUAAUGCCGACGAGGUGAUGCUGUACGGGCAAAGCAACUACGUAUACGACGACGGGACGACAGGCGAGAUGGGAUGGGCGGCAAGACUGCAUUUUCAACGAUUUGACGACGGAAAGAUACUCAUUGACAUGUAUCACAUCUUCCCGCCGCAUAUCAAUCUCCAGGGUGGGUGGCCAACGCCUCGCCUGCAUCCAGUUGAAGCACUGGAGUCUGCAUCUGCGUCGCUAUUCCGCCAGAAAGACAUCAACAAGCAGCUCCUUUACGGCCCUGAGUUGGGGAGUGGCAGCCUACGGGAGUCAAUUGGAAGAUGGCUCAACGACUUUUACGCGCCAUCCGCAGGUUCCAUACCCAGCGAACGCAUUCUCAUCACGAAUGGCGCCUCCAACGGACUGGCGACCAUCCUCCAGAAGUUCACAGACCCCACUACGCGGGCCGUCUGGAUGGUUGAGCCGACUUAUUUUCUCGCUUGCCCCAUCUUCAGAGAUGCUGGUCUGAUGGGACGUAUCCGUGGCGCACCUGAGGGUGAAGACGGCGUGGACUUGAAAUUUUUGACCAAGGCACUCCAGGAAAUCGACGACUCUUGGCCAUCAGACGCUCCCUUGCCGCCAAGGAAGCUUACGAAAGCUGGCUACCCAAAGAUCUACAAACACAUCAUUUACCUUAUUCCGACCUUCUCAAACCCCAGUGGCAAGACUAUGAGCACGGAGAACCGGAAGAAACUUGUGCAGUUGGCACGCAAGCACGAUGCACUAAUUGUCACCGACGACGUGUAUGACAUGCUUAGUUGGAGCGCAGACGAUGAAGGCAGAAUGACGUCUGGGGGUGUAUCGCAAUGCCCCCCUCGAAUUGUUGACAUUGACAGAGAUAUGGAAGGUGUGACGGCGUUUGGAAACUCUAUGAGCAACGGAUCGUUUUCUAAGAUUGUGGCUCCGGGUAUGAGAGUGGGCUGGCUGGAGGGCACCCCAGACUUUAUUGCCGCCAUGGGAACUGUCGGGGCGAGCGUCUCAGGGGGCUGCCAGGGUCACUUCGCGUCUCUUGUGAUAGACCAGAUGUUGCAGAGCGGGGUCAUGGUGAAGCACAUCAAUGAGACUCUCAUUCCUGUGUAUCGCGAGCGUUACUUUGCCUUGACCAGUGCCAUCAAGAAUUUCCUUUAUCCCCUUGGCGUCAAGCUGGUUGGAGAGAAGAGCAGUGUCACAGUGGCCGGAGGCUUCUUCCUGUACGUCUCCUUUGGAGAGUACUCAGGAGAAGAGAUAGCACGGGUUGCGCUGGAGGAGUUCAACUUGAAGAUAGCUCCUGGGUCAAUAUUCGCUGUGCCUGAUGACCCACUGAGCGCGAACCGUGGCAAGUCGUCAUACUUCAAUGGUGCAAGGCUUUGCUGGGCUUGGCACGAGAAGGAAGAGAUUGUGGAGGGUAUUGAAAGACUGGCAGCUGCGAUCAGGAGAAUCAAGGAGACUGUAUAA